CAUCACCAUCACCACCACUCCACCUCCUCCUUCUCUGCACCUCCUCCUCCUCCUCCUUCUCCCCUCUGGAGGCUGAAAACACCAUUGCUCAUUCCCAGCCGUGACAUUUUCCAGCCUGUCGCCGUAUGCUGAGCGGACAGCCAAACGCGAGGAGCCAGGAAAGAAAGAAGAAGAAGAAAAAAACUGGGGGGAAAGGAGGGACGCUGUCUGUGAGUCCGUCUUCCACAGCACCGAGCAUCCCGACGCUCUGCGAUCCGGAGCGAGACGCGCACCAGGCGGAGGCGAGGCGCUGCAGGAAGCCGCCGCUCCCUUUCACACCGGGGGAUUGUGGACUACACCGGACACGGCCCGAGCAGGACAGGAUACGGCGAGCGUUUACGUCUCGGACCCCGGAAGGCAGAGGAAGGGAGCAAAGCACGCUGCGCUAGCCGAGCAGCGCAUCAUCAUCCCCGGUGUAGGACUGGCUGUCGGGUCGCAUGGAGAAGAGGUAUGAAGAGCUGGUGCACUACUCAGGGUCAGAGGGCAUGUCGGUGGGGGGGUACGGGGACGAAGUCCGGGGGCUUCCUCCCCCGCAGUACGGACCCACCAUCCCCGACUCCCUCAAACACCACAAGGACCAGAUCUACGGUCACCCACUGUUUCCACUGCUGGCCUUAGUGUUUGAGAAGUGUGAGCUGGCCACCUGCUCCCCUCGAGACUCCACCUCCCUGUCAGCAACCUCCCACCUCCCUGGCAUGACCAAUCACAGCGACGUCUGCUCCUCCGAAUCCUUCAACGAUGACAUCGCCGCCUUCGCAAAGCAGAUUCGGUCAGAGAAACCCAUUUUUUCUUCCAAUCCCGAGCUGGACAAUUUGAUGAUCCAGGCCAUACAGGUUCUUCGCUUUCAUUUACUGGAGUUAGAGAAGGUGCACGACCUGUGUGAUAAUUUCUGCCAUCGCUACAUCACCUGUCUGAAGGGCAAAAUGCCCACAGACCUUGUGCUGGACGAGCGAGAGGGUGGGUCCAAGUCUGACAUGGAGGAUUUCACCGGGUCCUGUACCAGUCUGUCGGAGCAGAAUGCAUCGUGGUUACGAGAGCCAGAUGAAUGUGCCACUACUCCUCUGGGAACGCCAGGCACCUGUGGCCUACCUUCACACAGCACAGCAGACACCUGUAGUGAUGCAGGCGAUGGUCUCGAUGGAGGCGUGGCCUCUCCCAGCACAGGUGAGGAGGACGAGACGGACAGAGACAGGAGGAACAACAAGAAGAGGGGGAUCUUCCCUAAAGUGGCCACAAACAUCAUGAGAGCUUGGCUCUUCCAGCACCUGUCGCAUCCGUACCCAUCUGAGGAGCAGAAGAAGCAGCUGUCACAGGAUACAGGACUGACCAUCUUACAGGUCAACAACUGGUUCAUCAAUGCCAGGAGGAGAAUAGUCCAGCCAAUGAUUGAUCAGUCAAAUCGCUCAGGUCAGGGUGGUCCCUACAGCCCGGAGGGCGCGGCUCUCGGGGGCUACGGGCUUGACGGCCAGGCCCACCUCGGGCUUCGAACAGCAGGUCUCCAGGGAAUGUCCUCCCUGCAGGGUGACUACCCCGGCGCUCUCCUGUCCCAACCAGGCUAUCCUCCCCACCCAGGACCGUCCCUCCAUUCUUAUCCUGGAACAAACUUGCGGGAGACUCAGGCUCAGGGAGGUGCAGCCAUCAGCCGCAACCAGUUCGUGGUAAGGGGAACAAGAAGAGAGCAGAGGAAGACAGGAUGA